AUGUCCUCUGACUCCAUUCCAGCUACCAGGGAGGAUGAAAUAAUGGAUGAGACCAAGGACCCCAACGUGGUCAAGGUCCAAGUCCAGGCCACGGCCGCCCCCGCGACCAUCCCUACGUCGCAUCCCAUCACGGACUUGGACCUAGGCGUCGUGGCAUGGGACAACCAGAGCGACCCUCAGAAUCCGCUGAACUUCUCCAAUGCUCGCAAAUGGGGCCUGUUGGCCUUGGUCAGUUCCAUCUCCUUUGUCACGCCGCUCGCGUCGUCCAUGUUCGCGCCAGCGGCCGGGCUCAUGGCGGAGGAAUUUGACGAGGAGAACCUGGUCGUGGUGUCUCUGUCGGUCAGCGUCUUUCUGCUGGGCUUCGUGGUCGGUCCUCUUAUCCUCGGCCCCUUGUCGGAGCUCUACGGCCGUCGCGUCGUGCUGGGGAGCUGCAAUCUCUUCUUCUUCGUCUGGCAGAUUGGCUGUGCCCUGGCGCCCAACACGGCGAGCUUGAUCGUUUUCCGACUGCUCGCAGGGAUUGGUGGCUCGGGCCCUCUGACGCUGGGCGGCGGCAUCAUCGCUGACCUGUUCCCUAUCCACAAACGCGGGAGGGCCAUGGCGAUAUGGAGUCUGGGUCCGCUGGUUGGACCAGUAGUCGGCCCCAUCGCAGGCGGUUUCGUCGGCCAACACCUGGGCUGGCGAUGGAUCUACUGGGUGCUGGCCAUCGCGUCGGCGGCGGUCUCGGUCGGCAUCGAGGUGUUGAACCAAGAGACCUUCGCCCCGGUGCUCAUCGCGCGCAAGACCAAGACGCUGGCGAAGCGCUUGAACCGCUCGGACCUGCGCAGUUACUACCAGAAACAGGACGUGGCCCAGGACCCGGCGGUUCUGGCCAUGCUGAUGUUGGCGUUGAAGAGGCCGUUCAUUAUCUUUGUCAAGUCGCCCAUCGUGUUUUUGCUGAGUAUGUACAUGUCGGUCAUCUACGGCCUGCUGUACCUCUUCUUCACCACCAUCUCGCCCGUGUUCGAGUCCGAGUACGGCUUCUCACCGCAGCUCUCCGGCCUCGCGUACCUGGGCAUCGGCCUAGGAUUCUUUAUCGGCAUCGCCAUCUUCUCCGCGACCUCGGACCGGACGGUGAUCAAGUUGACCGCGCGGAACAGCGGCAGGUACGAGCCCGAGUUCCGACUGCGCCUGGUCAUCGGCUUCUCCUUCGUCUUGCCCGUCAGCUUCUUCUGGUACGGCUGGUCGGUCGACCGGCACGCGCACUGGAUCGUACCCAUCGUCGGCACCAUCCCCUUCAGCCUAGGCAUGAUGAACAUCUUCAUGCCCGUCCAGACAUAUGUCGUGGACUGCUUCAACACGUACGCCGCGUCCGCCAUCGCCACGCUGACGGCGUCGCGGUCCCUCGCCGGCGCACUACUCCCGCUCGCUGGCCUCCCCCUGUACCAGAAUCUAGGCUACGGCUGGGGAAACUCGCUUCUGGGAUUCAUCGCCGUCGCGUGCAUCCCGAUUCCGGUCUUCUUUACCAAAUACGGCAAGAAGAUGCGGGAGCGGCACUCCCUAGUGCUGUGA